CUGCCAGGUACUUUACACGUAGCCCAGAGCAAUCAAAAUAAUGGCGACGCUGAUACAACAGAUCGAUGGCAAAUCCGUCCAUCACCUCCAAUCAGGACAGGUCAUAAACGAUGGCCUGAACUCUGCGGUCAAAGAGCUAGUGGAAAACGCGUUGGAUGCGAACGCGACAUCGAUUGAGAUCCGGUUCAAGAAUUACGGCUUGGAAAGUCUCGAGGUGAUCGACAACGGCGACGGAAUUUCCCCUGACAACUACGAGAGCAUUGCUCUGAAGCAUUACACGUCGAAGCUGCGAACCUACGCCGACCUCGAAUCGGUGACGACUUUCGGUUUCCGCGGCGAAGCGCUCUCGUCGCUAUGUGCACUAUCCGAUUUCCACAUCAUCACGGCGCUGGCCGAGGAGGCACCGAAGGGGACAAAGCUGGAGUUCGAGAACUCGGGCAAGCUGAAAUCAACACACAUGGUUGCGGCGUCGAAGGGGACUACAGUAUGUGUUGCAAAUCUGUUCAAGAAUCUUCCCGUGCGCCGAAAGGAGCUGGAAAGGAACAUCAGGAGAGAUUUUGCGAAGGUCCUGGGUCUUCUACAGGCGUAUGCGAGCAUUCGUGUCGGAGUGAAGUUUUCAGUGUUCAAUCAGCAGCUGAAGGGAAAGAGGACGCCCGCUUUCGCUACGAAGGGAAAUCCUACGACUAGAGAGAACAUCUCUAAUGUCUUUGGCUCGAAAACACUGGCCGCACUCGUGCCGCUCGAUCUGGAGUUCGAAAUGCAGCCUACAAAGCCACCCCCGAUCGCACCCAGGGACACGGUCCAAGAGAGCCGUGGAGUGAAGAUAGUUGGGCACAUCUCUCGACCAGUUGUGGGCGAAGGCAGGAAUGCCCCUGACAGACAAAUGUUCUUCGUAAAUGGAAGGCCUUGUGUUCUACCCCAGAUCACCAAAGCUUUUAACGAAGUAUACAGAGCCUUCAAUGUCACCCAGUCGCCUUUCAUCUUUGCAGAUAUCAUCUUGGACACAAACGCAUACGAUGUGAAUGUAUCCCCCGACAAACGGACGAUCUUGCUUCACGACCAAGCCGAUCUUUUGGAGAACAUCAAGAUUUCUCUGACGGAACUGUUUGAAAAGCAUGAGCAAACCGUCCCGGUCAGUCAACUGGGAGGUAGCAUGCCAGCUUACAAACAGACAAGCUUAUUCUCCUCCACCGCCGCCGGAUCACCUAUGAUACCGUACCGCGGACAGUGGCUAAAAGAGGGAAAUGCAAUUGUCUCAUCCUUGCCAAGAGGGAAGGAUGGACGAUAUGUGUCAACAGGUCCCCCAUCACCGCAAUCUGAUGAGCGUGAGGAUAUAUUGGAGUCGACUGUCCCAGAUCGUAGCAAAGGAGCGCCAAAAUACGACCUUUCGCGUGGUAUCUCGAAGUUUGGUAAUGCACGGCUGCCUUUCAAACGCCCUACUCCGCAUGCCAGCGAUUUCGAGGAAGACGAAGACACGCCUCUCCCAACAUACGAAGAACUCCCAAAUGGCGAAGAAGAAAUUCCAUCCUCGCAGAUCCCACCAAGUGCUCGGCCCCCACCGUUAAAAUCCUCUCGAAGAAUGGAAACUCCCGCUACAAUCACCAUCGGUGAUAGAUCUCCCGUGACCACCGGAGAAACCCCACGGAAGAAGCGGAGGAUCGAAAUGCAGCGGGAUGGCCCUGUGCCUGCGCUGGGUGGAUUUGGCAGCGCCUUGAGCAAGUUUUUGGCGCCGGGGACGCAAGUGACAGCAACCUACGCGGAGGACGAUAUUUCGGUAAAGAAAUCGUUUAAGGCACGACAGUUUGAGAGUAUCCUCAGCGAGGCCUCUCAGGAGGAUGAGAUCGAGGAUGAUGAGCAACAUGAAGAAGAGGAACAGGCAUCGCCCGAUGGAGGCACAAGUACGACACCUCAGGUAUUUCAAAGCGCAGCACCUUCUCCAACGCAAGUCUUCACAGGUUCUGCACCAGCUUCUCCACCAUUGUUCCUACCCAACCAUAUUCUCGAUCAAGAUGAACAAGGUGACUCUUCAGAAGAGCAGAGGAAGGAACCGGAAAUGUCUGUCCCACCCGAAAUCGAAAAGGAAGACGAUGACGACGACGAGUAUAUCCCCGAAAAAGCAGCCUCCCUUCGCGCUGCCGCUCGCGCUGCUCGCCUUCUGAAAGAAGCAGAAGCCCGCGAAACCAGGUUGCCGGUCACUCAACUCCUUGAGCGGAAUUUCAACACUUUCAAUCACUGUCGUCGAGUUUCUACUCUCGGCCUGGUGAAGUUCCAGCAGACGUCUAUGGACCAAAUCCGGGAAUCCGCGAAGCGUCUCCGUACUCCUGCCCCCACUCCUCCUCCUCCCGUGGCUCCUGGAUCUACCGGACAAGUAGCUGGACUCGAUGUGGAAGAAGACUCAACCGCUGAGCAGCGCCUCACCCUCACCGUCACCAAGUCCGACUUUCUGAAUAUGCGGAUCCUUGGCCAAUUCAACAAAGGCUUCAUCCUUGCUUCACGCGGCAACGAGCUCUUCAUCAUCGACCAGCACGCUUCCGACGAGAAAUACAAUUUCGAAACUCUCCAAGCUACCACCGUCGUGCAAAACCAACCGCUCGUCGUUCCCCGCGAACUGGAGCUAAUGGCGAUGGAUGAAAUCGCGGUUCAGGACAAUCUAGAUGUUCUCAAGACGAAUGGCUUCGUUGUCAAGGUGGAUCCCGAGAUGCCCACAGGUAGAAAGUGCAGACUCAUCAGUCUGCCCAUGAGUAAGGAAACCAUGUUUGGUGUUGAAGACCUGGAAGAACUAAUCCACCUAAUCCACCAACACCGCGGCUCGGGGACCGCACACCUGCGCUGCUCCAAAGUCCGCUCCAUGUUCGCCAUGCGUGCCUGCCGGAAAAGCGUCAUGGUCGGCCGAGCACUGCCGGUCAAGGCGAUGGAAAAGAUCGUGCGGCAUAUGGGGGAGCUCGACAAGCCGUGGAAUUGUCCACAUGGGAGACCGACGAUGCGGCAUCUGGCGGAGCUGGAGGGCGUGGAUAGGUGGGAUGAGAGGGAUGAACUCAGGGGCGGCGGGGGAUUGCAGUGGGACGGUGAGGGGUGGGAGGAACUGGUUGAGCAGUUUGCAGCUCGUUAUAUAUACGUGCUACCUCUGCAAGCAAAAGAAGAAAGAAAAAAGUGA